UCUGGUGUAUUCAUUCCACGAUGAUCAAACCCAAUCACUUUUAACUAUUCCUACUACAUAUAAUGUUAUCCUAAUUAACUAAUUAACACAUCCCAUGGAUCAGGACACAGAAACCCUCGCCGGCGGCCGUACGGUCAUCUUCUCCAAAUACGAGAUGGGCAGACUCCUCGGCCGGGGGACCUUCGCGAAAGUCUACCUCGCCAGAAACCUCCAGGCCCCCUCCGACCAGAACGUCGCCGUCAAAGUCAUCGCCAAGGACCGGGUCCGGGAGGCCGCCCUGAUCGAGCAGAUCAAGCGGGAGAUCGCCGUCAUGCGCCUGGUCCGCCACCCGAACGUCGUCGGAAUCCGCGAGGUCAUGGCCACCAAGAACAAGAUCUUCGUCGUCAUGGACUACGUCCGCGGCGGCGAGCUCUUCGCCAGAGUCGCCCGCGGCCGGCUCCGGGAAGACUCCGCCCGGAAGUUCUUCCAGCAGCUCAUCGGCGCCGUCGACUACUGCCACAGCCGCGGCGUCUCCCACCGGGACCUCAAGCCGGAGAAUCUCCUCCUUGACGACGACGGGAAUCUGAAGGUCUCCGAUUUCGGACUCUCCGCCCUGCCGGAGCACCACCGCAACGACGGCCUCCUCCACACCCGCUGCGGCACCCCCGCCUACGUGGCGCCGGAAGUCCUCCGGAAAAAAGGCUACGACGGCGCCGCCGCGGACCUCUGGUCCUGCGGCGUCAUCCUCUACGUCCUCCUCGCCGGAUUCUUGCCGUUUCAGGAUUCCAAUGUAAUGAAAAUGUACACCAAGAUUUUCAAGGCCGACUUCCGCUUCCCGCCGUGGAUCUCGCCGGAGGCCCGACGGUUAAUUUCGCGGCUCCUCGUACCCGACCCUGGUAAGAGAAUUUCGAUCCCGGGGAUACUGCGGGUGCCCUGGUUCUCAAAAGGGUUUGCGAGGCCCGUCCCCGUCUCUCCCCAGGAGGUCCCGGACCUCGACGAGGAUCUGGUAGUAGUUCGGUCCAAAUCGGCUCCUCCAUUCUACAACGCCUUCGAGUUCAUCUCCUCCAUGUCGUCCGGUUUCGAUCUCUCGAGCCUGUUCGAGACCGGCCGGAAAACCGGUUCGAUGUUCACGUCGAGGUGCUCGAGCUCGGCGAUCAUGGAGAAGCUGGAAUGGCUUGCCCGCAAAGCUAAUUUCCGGGUGAUGUUCAGUAAGGGUUACAAGGUGAUGAUGCAGGGGGCGGCGGAAGGGCGGAAGGGGCGGUUAUCGGUGACGGCGGAGAUAUUCGAGGUGGCGCCGGAGGUGGUGGUGGUGGAGUUCUCUAAGUCCGCCGGAGACACGCUGGAGUACCGGCGGUUCUGCGACGAGGAUGUACGGCCGGCGUUGAAGGACAUAGUGUGGAGCUGGCAGGGAGAGACCUCCUCCGAGGGGUAAUUUCGUCAUUUCAGACGAUUUGGGUUUUUUGCUCUUAUUAUUAUUAAUAUCAAUAUUAUCGUGUAGUUAAUUAAUUAAUUAACUUUGGUUUUAAUGUACUGUGCAUUUUGGAGAUAGAUUGAGAAUGGUUGUAACUGUUCGUUUUCGAAAAGAAAAAUUUAGGUAAAAAUAUUACAAUUUGU